CCCCGCCGCCGCCCGCGCACGUGUGCCGGAGAAGGCGUUCGGUGCCGCUCGCCGCCCGGGCGGCGCUUCCCCCCCCGGUCCCCGCCGCCUCCCCCAUCCUCCGCAGCGGGAGCGGAGAGCAGCCUCCGCCCGACACGCCCGGCAGCGCCGGGGCCGCUCGCCGACGUGCCUCCCGCGCGGGCGGCCGCCCAGCCAGGACGUCGCCGCCGCCGAUGGCCGCCCCGCUGCCCAGUGUGCGGCGCGGCGCAGGGCGGGCGGCGCAGCCCGCGGGCGGCGGCCCCCGCGGCGCGGCGGGCUCCCCCUGCCCGCUCCCCCGGGCCCCCGGCGGGGACCCGCCGCCCUCGCCCUCCGACAGGAUAAAAAAGAAAGAUGACAAUGUUUUGGAGAUCCCAUCAAUUCCAAAUCCUUUUCCCGAGCUGUGUUGCUCUCCGUUUGCAUCAGUUUUGUCAGCCAGUCUGUUGCCCAAGGCAACUUCAAGAAAAAAGCAGGUAAUUAAAGUGUAUAGUGAAGAUGAUACUAGCAGAGCUUUGGAAGUACCAAGUGAUAUAACAGCCAGGGAUGUAUGUCAGCUGUUGAUAUUGAAGAACCACUAUAUUGAUGACCACAGCUGGACUCUGUUUGAACAACUUACCCACACAGGUUUAGGAAGAGCUAUAGAGGACCAUGAAUUAGUGAUGGAAGUCCAGUCAAAUUGGGUAAUGGAAGAGGAAAACAAACUGUAUUUUAGAAAAAAUUAUGCAAAGUAUGAGUUUUUUAAAAAUCCACUGAGCUUUUUUCCAGAUCAUAUGAUAUCUUUUCCAAGUGAGACCAAUGCAGCUGUAAGCCACACUGGGAUAUUACAGAUGUUCCUAAGCUCCAGCACAUAUCCUGAGAUUCAUGGUUAUUUGCAUGCAAAGGAGCAGGGAAAAAAAUCGUGGAAAAAAUUAUACUUUCUUUUGAGAAGAUCUGGCCUUUAUUUUUCCACUAAAGGUACAUCUAAGGAACCAAGGCAUCUGCAGUUUUUCUGUGAAUUCAGCAAUAGUGAUAUGUACAUGUCUUUGACAGGCAAAAAGAUUUCUGGAGCACCAACAAACUAUGGAUUCUGCUUUAAGCCUAACAAAUCAGGAGGAACCAGAGACCUGAAACAGCUCUGUGCAGAUGAUGAACAAAGUAGGACCUGUUGGAUGACAGCAAUUAGGUUGCUUAAGUAUGGGAUGCAGCUGUAUCAGAAUUACAUGCAACCAUAUCAAGGUAGAAGUGGCUGCAGCCCUUUGAAUAUAACAUCUAUGAGAAGCAUUUCAGAAAAUUCUUUAGUAGCAAUGGAUUUCUCAGGAGACAGAAGCAGAAUUAUAGAAAAUCCAACAGAAGCCCUCUCAGUUGCAGUUGAAGAAGGAUUAGCAUGGCGGAGGAGAGGGUGUCUGCGACUCAACUCACAUGGUAGUCCUAUUGCCAUGUCUAACAUGGCUAUACACAGAUCUCAGUCAUGGUUUCAUCAUAAAAUCUCUAGAGAAGAGGCUCAGAGACUUAUUUUGCAGCAUGGACUUGUAGAUGGGGUAUUCCUGGUACGUGAUAGCCAAAGUAACCCCAAAACAUUUGUGUUGUCAUUGAGUCAUGGAUUAAAAAUAAAGCAUUUUCAAAUUGUACCACUCGAAGAUGAUGGGAAGCUAUUCUAUACCCUUGAUGAUGGUCAUACCAGAUUUACUGAUCUCAUCCAGCUAGUGGAAUUCUACCAACUUAAUAAAGGAGUACUGCCUUGCAAGUUAAAACACUAUUGUGCGCGAAUUGCUCUUUAACCAAAGCAUCUGUUGUUUCAUCAGAGGGAAAGGAAGAUACUAGAAUACUUUUUCCCCUAAAGGCAAUUUGUAUAGUAAGAAGGGAAAAAGCAUUACAUUGUAAAAAUUCUAUGUUUAAGCUGCAAAAAAAAAUUUAUAUUCUAGAUAGAUAAGAACUUUGCUUUGUGAUUGUCACAGCAAAAUUAACUUUAUGGUUUUAAAAAAACAUUCUUUCCUAUGUAAUUCUUUAGUGUUGUCUUGGACUUCUUUGGGUUUUUUUUUUCAACUGAAAAGAAUUUUUAAAAAAAUAAUAUUGUAUAACUUCUAGAAAAAUAUAACUGAAGGGAAGAUCUUUGUUCUUAGGUUUAAAAUUAACUUUUUGUCUCUUCAAAUGUCUCUUAAUUUCUAUUCAUCACAUAGAAGAAUUAGCAUUUACUGUGGUGAGGGUAAGAAGCUGAACUGCACAUUUUAUUUGUAAAUAAAAUGAAUAAAUAUUUUGCACUAUA